UUGUCCAGCCCCCCUACCAGCCCUUUUCCCAGGCCUUUCGUCGAGCAUUUCGCGUGCAUUUCCGUUUCCCCCUCGUAUCGUUUUCCCUUGUAUCGUCUUCCUAGGGUUUUUUUGCAUCGAAUAAUCAGAGGAGAGGGAAGAAAGAAUCUCUGCAAAAAAAAAAAAAGAGGGGUUUCUUUUUUGAAGGUUUCAGGCGGAAGAAAAAGGACCAAUAAAAAAAAAGGAGAAUUUUUUUUUGGCUGCUCGGGAGAGAGGAUGGCGCAGGUUCAGGUUCAGCCUCAGAAUGCGAUGCCGGGAGUGAACGCCGGGCCGAACCAGUACGCCACGACGUCGCUCUACGUCGGGGAUCUGGACUUCAACGUCACUGAUUCCCAGCUCUACGAUCUGUUCAACCAGGUCGGCCAGGUGGUCUCGGUCCGCGUCUGCAGGGACCUGACCACCCGGCGGUCGCUCGGCUAUGGCUACGUCAAUUACAGCAGCCCAAUUGACGCUGCUCGGGCUUUGGAGAUGCUGAACUUUACUCCUCUUAAUGAGAAGCCAAUACGGAUAAUGUAUUCUCAGCGCGAUCCUAGUGUCCGUAAAAGUGGAGCUGGAAAUAUAUUCAUCAAGAAUUUGGACAAGGGAAUUGACCAGAAGGCAUUACAUGAUACAUUUUCUGCUUUUGGGAAUAUCCUCUCUUGCAAAGUUGCUACUGAUCCUUCUGGUCAGUCAAAAGGCUAUGGCUUUGUACAAUAUGAUAAUGAGGAAUCUGCUCAGAAAGCUAUAGAGAAGCUGAAUGGCAUGCUAUUGAAUGACAAGCAAGUGUAUGUGGGACCCUUCCUUCGUAAGCAGGAAAGAGAAAGCGCUAAAGAUAGGACUAAAUUUAACAAUGUGUAUGUGAAAAACCUAUCAGAGUCGACUACUGAAGAAGAGUUGAGAACAGUUUUUGGAGAGUUUGGACCAAUUACUAGUGUUGUGGUGAUGAGAGAUGGGGAUGGUAAAUCCAAAUGUUUCGGAUUUGUGAACUUUGAAAAUUCAGAUGAUGCUGCUAGAUCAGUUGACGCUCUAAAUGGGAAGAAAUAUGAUGAUAAGGAAUGGUAUGUUGGGAAAGCUCAAAAGAAAUCUGAGAGGGAAGUUGAACUGAAACAUCGAUUUGAGCAGAGCAUGAAGGAAGCGGCUGAUAAACUUCAAGGGGCGAACUUGUAUAUAAAGAAUUUAGAUGAUAGCAUAGACGAUGAGAAGCUUAAGGAGCUGUUCUCUCCAUUUGGUACCAUUACGUCGUGCAAGGUUAUGCGAGAUCCUAAUGGCAUUAGUAGAGGAUCGGGAUUUGUUGCUUUCUCUACUCCUGAAGAGGCUUCCAGAGCUCUCUCUGAGAUGCUCGGCAAAAUGGUUGUCAGCAAGCCUCUGUAUGUUGCACAUGCACAAAGAAAAGAGGACCGAAGAGCCAGGUUGCAGGCUCAAUUUUCUCAAAUGAGGCCAGUUGCAAUGGCACCCACUAUUGCUCCCCGCAUGCCAUUUUAUCCACCUGGAGGUCCAGGUAUUGGCCAACAACUAUUCUACGGUCAAGCCCCUCCUGCUGUCAUGCCUCCCCAGCCUGGGUUUGGGUAUCAACAGCAGCUUGUUCCUGGUAUGAGACCUGGUGCAGCUCCCAUGCCAAAUUUCCUGGUGCCUAUGGUUCAGCAGGGGCAGCAAGGUCAGCGACCAGGUGGGAGACGUACAGGAGUUGUUCAGCAAUCGCAGCAGCCAGUCCCAAUGAUGCAACAGCAGAUGCUUCCAAGGGGGGGACGCCUUUAUCGAUACCCUCCUGGACGUGGGUUGCCUGAUAUGCCAGUGCCUGGUGUGGCAGGAGGAAUGAUACCUAUGCCAUAUGACAUGGGUGGAAUGCCGUUACGUGAUGCACCAAUAUCUCAGGCUGUUCCAAUUACAGCUCUGGCUUCUGCCCUAGCAAACGCUAGUCCAGAUCAGCAGAGAACGAUGUUGGGUGAGAAUCUUUAUCCGCUGGUGGAACAGCUGGAGCCUGAGGCAGCAGCCAAAGUCACUGGCAUGCUUCUGGAAAUGGAUCAGACUGAGGUCUUGCAUUUGCUGGAGUCUCCAGAAGCCCUGAAAGCAAAAGUGGCUGAAGCGAUGGAGGUCCUUAGGAGUGUGGUGCAGCAACAGGCUGGUGGCACCGCCGAUCAGCUGGCAUCUCUUUCUCUGAGUGACAACCUUGUUUCCUGAGUGCUGGUGAUGAGCUUGCGGCUUUUGAGACGCCGGAUUUUGAGACCGUUCUAUUUGAUGGCUUUGAGACUUUGAUUGAGUUGCUUUGUUAGGCAGAUAUAGGGUUUGCCUGAUGUGGUGAGCAUCUCCAGGAGUUUGUGAGGAGUUGGAAAGACCUAGAAGAUUAUUUUGUCUUGUUUUUUGCUUGAGAUUUGAUUUUUGUGAGGGCGAUUGCACACUUUGUUUUGCUUGAUAUAUCGUGCUUACAUACAGUGAUCUCCAUUCCCA